GUGAAGAGAACUAGAAUAAGAGAUUUAAAUAGUAAAACAAAAAAAAUGGCAACAAAUUGCUUAGUACAAAACCAUUUAGAGGUUAUGCAAUGGCAAACUUCAAACGCAUGUAGCAAAACAAUAUUUCGGCCCACUGUUUGGGGUCGAAUUUAUGGAAAGAACAUUAAAAUUAAAUCUUUGGACUUGGAUGGUGAAAGUUUUACAGUAGGGCGGGCUGAAAAUAAUAGUUUAAUUAUAUCAUCUAAAAUAUUAGAUUCUCAAAAUAUAUUAAGCGGAAUUUCUAAGCUACAUUUUAUGAUUAGAAGAUCGAUAUGCGAUGUUUAUGGCCCCAUAUACAUAGAAGACCUCUCUCGUAAUGGCACUUUUGUUAACGGAGAGAGAAUCGGUACAAAUAAUCGACGUAUUUUGCAAAAUAAUGAUACCAUUUCGCUUUCUCAUCCUAAUUAUAAAGCGUUUAUUUUCAUGGAUAUUCGCUCAAAUGUGCGUUACUUAGACUUUCCUAAGGAAAUCACGGCGAAAUAUCAUGUCGGUUGCAAAUUAGGUUCGGGUGCUUUUGGUGUUAUACGUUUAAUUUAUGACCGUCGUACGUGUAUCCAAUAUGCCAUCAAAACUAUUAAAAAGAAUUUAUUGGCCAUCAAUAGCCAAACCAAUCACUUAAAUGAAGCGAAAAUAUUGAAAAGUUUGCAGCAUCCUUGCGUAAUUCAAUUAUACGAUAUAGCCGAUAGUAUCGAUUCGAUGUAUAUGGUUAUGGAAUUCAUGAAAGGCGGCGAUUUACUCAAUCGUAUUGUAAGCAAGAAACGACUUAGUGAACAAAUCUCUAAAUUGUACUUUUAUCAAAUGUGUCACGCAGUGCAAUAUCUUCAUAGCAAUGGAAUUACUCAUCGUGAUUUAAAACCAGAUAACGUUUUACUUAAGACUCCUGACGACAACACUAUAUUAAAACUUACAGAUUUUGGAGUAAGUAAAUUUGUACCAAAUAGCACGAUUAUGCGUACACUGUGCGGAACGCCUUUAUACGUUGCACCAGAGGUAUUGAAAACUCGGUAUCAUGGAACUUAUACGAAGAAGGUUGAUAUCUGGGGUCUGGGCGUGAUAUUAUUCAUAUGCCUAUGUGGAACUCUGCCCUUUUCCGAUACUUACGGCUCACCAGUAGGCGAACAAAUCACAAAAGGAGAAUUUCGUUUUAAUCAUCCUUCUUGGCGGAAAAUAUCAAAAAAUGCCAUCUUUUUAAUUAAAAACUUAUUAAUAGUUGACCCUGGACGCCGACCAUCAAUUGAUGGUAUACUUAACAACGCAUGGCUUAGAGAUAGGCAAAUGCAAUCCACCGCCCAAAACUUAAUGGAAAUGGUACCCAUGGACAUUGAAAACGAAGAGAAUGUGUUUGAAGAACCUCCCAUUAAACGUUUGAAAUUUUAAAUAAGAGCUCGUUUAAGUAAUAUUGCCAGUGUAUUAUAGUUGAUUAGGAUUAAGUUUACUUAGCUUAUUUUUCCUAUUGUUAUUUACAAUUAUAUCUGAAUGUUUAAUUACUUUUUAAUUGUUUGUGUAGACUUUUACUUGUAAAAUUUAUUCGUUUUAAAUGUUAGUAUUGAUAAAUAAGCUUUGUAGGACGUGAUGUUUUAUGUAUAUAGACUUGUAAUUAGGGUUAGAUAGCAAAUUUGUAUAGAAUGUAAAAUGUUUGAUCUCAAUUGAUCAGUCAUACAUACCUUAUUCCAUUAAACAUAAAUAAUGAUGUUUAACGAUGAAAAGUCAAUCAUUACUGCUAGUAGCAGGAGAGCGGUGAAGAGGAAACCAGGAUUCUGAAGGUGAAAGUCCAAUGAACGUUAUUACUAACGAAACAAGCGGGUUUAUAAAGAUAGCAGAAGCGUUGUGGAAACCGUUGGCGAGAUAAAAAAUAUAGGACAUUCUGACCUAAUAUAUGGCGUCUUGUUUGAUUGAGCAAAACAUGCACAAACAUUACUAUCUAAUAUUGAAUAUAGCGAGCACAAGCCAUUUGAAAUCUUGCCGAUAGGAGGAUUAUCCAAGGAAUGUUGGUCAGUGCUCUCCACAUUGUAGAUAUUGCAUAUUCGCCUGCGAAUUCGCCAUCUGAAUAAAAUAUACUGACGUCAUCGCAAACGGAUUUGAUUCUACCCACUUGACCCAUCACUCAGCAACAAGGAGAAAUGGUCGCAUACUUUUGAAUGCCAGUACAUGCACAAACUGAGUUAGCUCCGUUUUACAAAAAAAAAAAAAAAUUAUUAAAAUAUGCAUUGUAUUUACUCCAAAA